CUGGCCAUACUCUGCGCCUGGCGCUCCGGACCCCAGCACUGGGCCCCAGCUGCUCCUCGCUCCAUGACCGCUGGACGCCCCGUCGGGUCCAGGCCGGAUAGGUAGGAGGGAGCCGGCGCGGGGCCGGGAGCCGCGGGAGCUGGCGCGGGCUCCGCGGACGGGCCCCUGCACCGUGCCCGCCCCGCCGCCUUCCUGCGCUGUCCCCGCAGAUGUCGGGAGCUAUCUUCGCGCCCCUGGAGGGCCCGGGCGCCCUGGACGCCGCGAGCGGCCACCCGCUUGUGUGCCCGCUGUGCCACGCGCAGUACGAGCGCCCGUGCCUGCUGGACUGCUUCCACGACUUCUGUGCCGGCUGCCUGCGCGGCCGCGCCACCGACGGCCGCCUCGCCUGCCCGCUGUGCCAACACCAGACGGUGCUGAAGGGCCCCAGCGGGCUCCCCCCUGUGGAUCGGCUGCUGCAGUUCCUGGUGGACGGCUCAGGGGAUGGCAUGGAGGUGGUGUGCUGUGCCAACUGCGACCUGGAGUGCAGCAAGCAGGAUGCGGAGACCACGUACUUCUGCAACACGUGCGGGCAGCCGCUGUGCGCGCGCUGCCGUGACGAGACGCACCGGGCACGCAUGUUUGCGCGCCACGACAUCGUGGCCCUGGGCCAGCGCAGCCGCGACGUGCUCCAGAAGUGCACGCUGCACGCGGAGCCCUACAUCAUGUUCUCCACCGACAAGAAGUCGCUGCUGUGCAUCUGCUGCUUCCGGGACAUGCAGGGGGAGAGCCGGGCCCACUGUGUGGAUCUCGAGUCGGCCUACGUGCAGGGCUGCGAGCGGCUGGAGCAGGCGGUGCUGGCCGUGAAGGCCCUGCAGACGGCCACACGGGAAGCCAUCACGCUGCUGCAGGCCAUGGUGGAGGAGGUGCGACGCAGCGCAGCGGAAGAGGAGGCUGCCAUCCACGCCCUCUUCGGCAGCAUGCAGGACAAAUUGGCAGAGAGGAAAGUGCUGCUGCUGCAGGCUGUGCAGAGCCAGUACGCAGAGAAGGACAAGGCCUUCAAGGAGCAGCUCUCCCACUUGGCCACUCUGCUGCCCACCCUCCAGGUUCACCUGGUCAUUUGCUCCUCCUUCCUCAGCUUGGCCAACAAGGCCGAGUUCCUGGACCUGGGCUACGAGCUGAUGGAGAGGCUGCAGGGCGUCGUCACGCGGCCGCAUCGCCUCCGGCCGGCGCAGAGCAGCAAGAUCACCAGCGACCACCGCGCCGAGUUCGCGCGCUGCCUGGAGCCGCUGCUGCUGCUGGGGCCGCGCCGGGCAGCGGGUGCCGGGGCCGGCACCAACACGCUAGCAGGGGGCUCGGGCCCCAAGGUGCUGAUGGGUCCCAGCUGCCCUUCCCCGGUGGGACAGAUGUUGAAGUCACCGGUCCAAAAGCCCACACUGCACCGGUCCAUCAGCACCAAGGUGCUGCUGGCCGAGGGCGAGGAUACACCCUUCACGGAACACUGCCGCCACUAUGAGGACUCCUACCGGCGCCUGCAGGUGGAGAUGCAGAACCUGAAGGACCAGGUACAGGAGUUACACCGGGACCUCACCAAGCACCACUCGCUCAUCAAGGCCGAGAUCAUGGGAGACAUCCUGCACAAGUCCCUGCAGGUGGACGCGCAGAUCGCCUCGGAGUACGCUUCCGUGGAGGGGAUGAGAGCAGUCUUUCAGGAGAUUUGGGAGGAAUCCUGCCAGCGGGUGGCUAACGAGCAGGAGAUUUAUGAAGCCCAGCUCCAUGACCUUCUCCAGCUGAAGCAGGAGAAUGCCUACCUGACCACCAUCACCAAGCAGAUCACGCCCUAUGUGCAUUCCAUUGCCAAGGUGAAGGAGCGGCUGGAGCCCAGGUUUCUGGCGCCCGGGGAUGAACGGUCAGAGCAUCCCCAAAACAUGUAUGACAGCAGCGUGAGUGGCGAGACCCAGGCCAGGAAUGAUCCCGUAAGUGUCAUGGACAAGAGAGAGAAGACCUCAGAGCCUAGAGGAAACAGCCGGACUCCGAACAGCCUCACAGAAGAGCCUCCACUGAAAAAUAAAGAUCCUCAUAGACCGAAACCGAGAAAUGGGGGCGACGUCCCCACACGGAGAGAGCGCCCCACUUAGCAAGUGGGACUGGUCCCAGGGGGUUAGGCGUUUUACAGCAUGCACAUCGAGACCAGGACAUUUAAGAGAAGGUUGUUCUCAUCAUGACUAUGUCUUUAAAGGGUAGUCAUUUAUCAGCAGUAAAACCCAGAACCUCUCUGACACAUCCAAUGUCAGAUUCUUUGGCUUGGGCUAAGCUUCGCGUUCCCUAUGUUGACAUGGCAUGAAGUCUUGGUCCUCAUCACAGUGACUUGGGACGCCAUCCCUGUCCACGUGGAAAGUGUUAAAUGAGCGAACAUCCAGCCUCAAGCCCCUCGCCCGUCCAGCGUCUCCCUAGUGUUCUGUGCCGGGUGGGCGUGCUCCUUGCAGGGUGUGCCGGUCUGAAUCCUAGGUAACAAGACCCCACCACGUGCAGCACCUGCCCUGCCUCACGGGAACCCAGUUUCCCCAAAUCACAGCCCCACUGUUAGUCGGGCGCUGCUGGAAAGUUCCACCCAGUAAUCUGAGUACUCACUCAGCAAAAGGGAAAAACCUUCGCUCCAGCUUUUCUCUCUUUACAGCAAGGGCUGAGCACGGAAAGCAGAGGAGCCGCAGCUGGCAUGUGCAUGGCAGGAGACGGUCACCAUGACAGCCUCUCCACUGCUUUCCCAGACUGCUGUCCUCUCCCAUGUUCACCUUCUACUGAGUAAAGCGCAAUUCAGCAGCAACUUUUCUCUAGUUUUCCAUUCCUACACAGUACCCUGUUUAUCAAGUGGGACUUAAUAAUAAAUGCUUGAGAAGGAACAUUUACCUGAAUGACCUAAGAUUUAAAGUUUGGGAGGCAGGGAACGGCCCGGUCGCGUAGUGGUUAAGUUCAUGUGCUCUAUUUCAGCGGCCCCGGGCUCACAGGUUCGAAUCCUGGGUGCGGACCUACACACCGCUCGUCAAGCCAUGCUGUGGUGGCACCCCAUAUAUACAAAAUAGAGGAAGAUGGGCACAGAUGUUAGCUCAGGGCUAAUCUUCCUCAGCAAAAAAAAUUAAAAAAAUAAAGUUUGGGAGGCAAAAUGAUGUCCAGAUAGUCACAUUUUCAGCAAAUAUCAGCUUGAUUUGGUGGUUCAAACAGCAAAUGACUUGUAUGUGCCAGGUAGGCCUGCAUGUCAAUACACUCAUGCACCAGUCACCCCAACAGCCAACGCCUCUGCACCUGCUGUUUCUGAGCAUUGACGUGCCCAUUCCAGCAUCACACACUUCCAUGGGAGCCUGAAGGGCAGGAGGAACUUGUCAUUACAGACUGGUUAGAGGCAGGAAUUCAGAACUGAAUUGAGUAGGCAAAUACCUCUGGUCUUAUGCUGUAGGUUCUGGACAUUUCUUAGCCGGAAGUGACAUGACCUUAGAGUUUCUACACCCCACACAAUCACACUAUUGUUCAUAGUGAAAU